UGUUUACAUUUGUGCGUCAAUGCGAUAUUUAGUCGCUAGGUGGCACUGUGGCCCUAGAGACAUUUAUUUGUAUAUUAAAACCAUUUGCAAGAGGAGAGGUGGGAUCUUUUAGUUAUCUUGAGGCGGUCAUUGAGCAUCUGCCACCUCUGAAAAAUGUAGGCCAUUGGCCUAAAAAUGUGCCAUCAUCUUCGUUGCAUUUGUGAACGAUCGCAUCGCACGACCUCCAGCAUGUUUUAAAUCAAGUGUCGAGUUGAAGCGGACGGCAGAUUGUGUACAUCAGCAGCAGUGAUACAGCAUAUUUACAGCAUCCGCACUGAACAGGACAAAAUGGCUGAUAAGAGUGACCUGAAAGCCGAACUUGAGCGCAAGAAACAGCGCCUUGCUCAAAUCCGAGAGGAAAAAAAGAGAAAGGAGGAAGAAAAGAAGAAGAAAGAGUCAGAGACACAACAGAAAGCAGAAGUGGCUCCUGAAGACUCUGAUUUGGACCGAAAGCGCAGAGAAACCGAGGCCCUGCUCCAGAGCAUCGGGAUCUCACCCGAGCCUUCAUUAGUCCCAACACCAAUGUCCCCAUCCAAAUCUAUGAGCACACCCAGUGAGACCGGCAGCCAGGAUUCAGUGGAUGGAGCAGCAGCUGGCAGACGCCGGGCGCACAGACUGGGACCUUCUAAAAUAACUCAGGUGGACUUCUUGCCCAGAGAAGUGGUUUCCUACUGUAAAGAGACUCAGACGCUGAACGCCGCUCAUCAGUCUGAAGAAGAUGAAGAAGAGGAUGAAGAGGUCACUGAGCCAAAAACUGGGCCUGAAACUGAUCUGCAAGAGGAGGAGGAAUGCAAGGACACAAAGGAAGGCCACCCGCGGGAGCUGACAGAGGAAGAGAAACAGCAGGUUUUGCACUCGGAGGAGUUUCUCAUCUUCUUUGACCGCAGCAUUCGUGUGAUGGAGAGAGCAUUAGCUGAGGACUCCAACAUCUUCUUCGACUACAGCGGACGAGACCUGGAAGAUAAAGAGGGAGACAUGCAGGGCGGCUCGAGUCUAUCUCUCAGUCGUCUGUUCUAUGAUGAGCACUGGUCAAAACAUCGGGUCAUCACCUGCCUAGACUGGUCACCUCAGUAUCCAGAGCUCCUGGUGGCCUCAUAUAACAACAAUGAAGACGCUCCUCAUGAGCCGGACGGAGUGGCUUUGGUGUGGAAUAUGAAGUUCAAGAAGACCACACCAGAGUACAUCUAUCACUGCCAGUCUCCUGUGGUGUCGGUGGGUUUUGCUCUGUUUCAUCCUAACCUGUUGGUGGGCGGUACAUAUUCGGGGCAGAUUGUUCUCUGGGAUAACCGAAGUCACCGGAGGACGCCGGUUCAGAGGACCCCGCUGUCUGCUGCUGCGCAUACACACCCUGUAUACUGCGUUAAUGUGGUCGGCACCCAGAACGCCAACAACCUGAUCACUGUGUCCACAGACGGCCGGAUGUGCUCCUGGAGUCUGGAUAUGCUCUCACAGCCUCAGGAGAGCAUGGAGCUUGUUUAUAACAAGUCUAAACCAGUCGCAGUGACUGGGAUGGCCUUUCCUACUGGAGACGUGAAUAAUUAUAUUGUUGGCAGUGAGGAGGGGACUGUGUAUACAGCUUCCAGACACGGCAGUAAAGCUGGCAUCUGUGAGAUGUUUGAGGGCCAUCAGGGGCCGGUGACAGGCAUCAGCUGUCACAGCGCUGUGGGCCCGGUCGAUUUCUCACACCUCUUUGUCACCUCUUCUUUCGACUGGACUGUGAAAUUGUGGAGCACAAAGCAAAACAAGCCGCUGUACUCGUUUGAGGAUAACGCAGACUAUGUGUACGAUGUGAUGUGGUCCCCGGUUCACCCCUCGCUCUUCGCGGCUGUGGACGGCAUGGGACGCCUGGAUCUCUGGAACCUGAACAACGACACUGAGGUGCCGUCUGCCAGUGUGACAGUAGAAGGAGCCCCGGCUCUGAAUCGUGUCCGCUGGGCCUCCGGAGGCCGAGAGGUGGCUGUUGGAGACUCAGAGGGACGAGUUUGGAUUUAUGAUGUCGGAGAGCUGGCCGUGCCACACGCUGACGACUGGACGCGCUUCGGACGGACACUGAUGGAGAUCCGGGCCAACCGAGGGGACGGGGAAGAGGAGGGUCCGGUGGAGCUCAGCACAUAAACAUACAGUUUCACGCACACAUGCAUACAGUUGAAGUCAGAAUUAUUAGCCCUCCUGUUAAUUACUUCACAUGUUUAACAGAGAGAAGAUAUUCUUCAACACAUUUCUAAACAUGAUAGUUUUAAUAACUCAUUUCUAAUAGCUGCUUUCUUUUAUCUUUGUCAUGAUGACACAAAAAACAACACAAAAUAAAACAAAUAAGACUUUCUCCAGAAGAAAAAAUAUGAUAGGAAAUACUGUCAAAAAUUCCUUGCUCUCUUAAAUAAGACUUGAGAAAUAUUUGAAAAAGAAUAAAUAUUGCAUAGGAGGGCUAAUAAUUUUUCUCUCAACUGUACAUCCAUAUACACAAACUGUAUACACACACACUCCGCAGACUCAGAACAACCCAGACUGAGCCUCAUGUAACACUGUUAGCAUGAACACUAGUACUGUGCUGUUUACUACAAUGAAAAUGAUUGUUUGUAUAAUGAUGAAAAUUGUGCCAUUGUUUAAUUGGGCUAGGUAGAAAUUAGGGAAGCGCCUAUUCAUUCAUUUUCUUUUCGGCUUAGUCGCUUUAAUAAUCAGGGGUCGCCACAGUGGAAUGAACCGCCAACUUAUCCAGCAUGUUUUAUCCAGCGGAUGCCCUUCCAGCUGCAACUCAUCACUGGGAAACACCCAUACACUCUCAUUCACACACAUACACUACGGACAAUUUAGCUAACCCAAUUCACCUAUAGCGCAUGUGUUGGAAACCGAAGCACCCCGAGGUUACCCACACCAACACGGGAAGAACAUGCAAA